AUGACAAUGUACUUAGCAGUGUUAGUCGUCUGUGGGUUGGCCGUGGUGGCGGCCGACGACCAGUACACGACAAAGUAUGACGACGUCGACCUGGACAACGUGCUGAGGAACAACCGUCUGCUGAGGAACUACCACAACUGCAUCAUGGACAAGGGGCCGUGCACGCCCGACGCUCAGGAACUGAAGAAAAACCUUCCCGAGGCUCUGGACAGCGAGUGCGCCAAGUGUUCAGAAAAACAGAAACAAGGGGCUGAGAAGGUGCUGAAGUUUUUGUAUGAGAAGAAACCACAGAUGUUUAAGGAGCUGGAGAGCAAAUUCGACCCUGACGGCAAAUACAGGGCUAAGUACAAGAAGAGAAUUGAAGCGGCUGGAUCUGUGACGAAGAUCUGUCAGACAAUGUCACGAAUGUCGAUGAUCUUCUUGGUCGCCGUCGUGGUGAUGUCUUCGACAUCCGCAGAAGAGACGUACACCAACCGCUGGGACAAUGUGGACGUGGACCGGAUAUUGAAGAACGAACGUCUUCUCAGAUCGUACUUCCGGUGUGUCAUGGACCAGGGGAAAUGUUCUCCGGAUGCUGCUGAACUAAAGAAAAAUAUCCCAGAAGCUCUAGGAAACGACUGCGCUAAAUGUACGCCGAAGCAGAAAGCCACUGUUGAUAAGGUUAUGCGCUAUUUGUUUGAGAAGAGGCAGGAUUUGUUUAAACAGCUGGAGCGGAAAUACGACACCGAAGGAGCUUACCGGAUAAAAUACAAGGACCGCACAGCUGGUGCAAGAUAGAGAAGAAACUCAGUUUGUAAUUUAUUUUGUAAAAAUGUAACGAUUUUCACAGUUUUACCUAUUUAUGUCAAAAUCUAUCAACCCAUUAAAAGUCUUGCAAGGAACCGAAUUUGUGAGUGAUUCAUCAUCUUUAAAGAUUUAAAAUUAAUUCUACACUAACGAAUUGUUACUUUAUUUUUUUUUUUUAGUUAAUGUUCUUUUGAUCUAUAAGGGUGGCGAUGUUGUAUGAAAGGCUGAUUAAAUCAAAUUUCUGGCGUU